AUGUCCUGUAAAACGGUAUUAGCAAAAGAAAUUUCGGAAAGUUAUAGAAAGGAAAUAAAAGACACAAUAAAUUCAAAAGGAAUUCAUCCGCGACUUGUUGGAUUUCUUGCUAACCAAGAUCAAACAGCGGUAAAAUAUGCAGAAGCGACCGCUCGAACAUGUUUGGAAACUGGGGUGGAUUUUGAGUUGAGAAAAUGUAAUCGGGAAGAAUUGGAAGAUCUGAUUAUAGAAGCUAAUGAAGAUGACAAUGUUCAUGGAAUAUUGGUUUAUUAUCCUGUAUUUGGAGAUCUUUAUAAUUCAGUUCUUCCUUACGGAAAUCGAUUGCAUGGUCGUCUCAUCACUGUGGUAAAUCGUAGUGAAAUUGUAGGUCGUCCUCUUGCUGCAUUAUUAGCUAAUGAUGGUGGCAAAGUAUAUUCGGUAGAUAUCAAUAGUAUUCAAGAAUUUCAUCGUGGUCCUGGAUUAAGAUUAAAAAAGCAUGAGGUUCACGAUACAAAUUUGAAACUUGAAGAUAUAAUUCCUAUUUCUGAUGUGGUUAUAACUGGAGUUCCAUCAUCUACUUACAAAAUUCCAACUUCAUUAUUACGUGAUGGAGUAAUCGUCAUAAAUUUCGCUGCAUAUAAAAAUUUUGAAAACAAUGUUAAAGAUAAAGCUAGCAUUUAUGUUCCAUCAGUUGGUAAAGUCACUAUUGCAAUGUUAGAAAGAAAUUUACUUAGAUUGUAUGACUGCCGAAAUGAAUAA